AUAUAUAGAUGAGGAUAGCCAGAAUGAAAUGAAGCCAUUGCUGCAAAAGCUUUAAAAAAAAUGGCAGAUUGGACCAAGAAGACAAUCCUCAGAAACAAUGCCUUGCAACAAUACAUCUUUGAAACAAGUGCCUAUCCCAAAGAACAUGAGCAGCUGAAGGAACUAAGAGAGGCCACUGCUGAGAAAUACAAAGACCUGAGCGUCAUGAAUGUGCCUGUUGAUGAAGCGCAGUUCUUGUCUUUGUUUCUAAAGAUAAUGAAUGCCAAGAAGACUAUGGAAAUUGGAGUUUUUACAGGCUAUUCCCUUCUCGCAACGGCUCUUGCAUUGCCCCAAGACGGCCAGAUCAUAGCAAUUGACCCCGACAAAGAAGCUUACCAGACAGGUCAACCAUUUAUUAGGAAAGCAGGAAUGCAGAACAAGAUCAAAUUCAUCCAAUCAGAUGCCUUCUUAGUUUUAAACGAUCUCAUUAUAAAGGGGGAAGAAGAGAGCUUCGAUUUCGUGUUUGUUGAUGCCUAUAAGAGCGAUUAUCUAAAGUUUCAUGAGCUGACGCUGAAGUUGGUGAAGGUCGGAGGGAUCGUAGCUUACGACAACACUUUAUGGUACGGGUCGGUGGCCGAAUCGGAGGAGGAAGUGACGGACGAUCUGAUCAAGAAGUUUCGAAACUUCGUGAUGGAAUUCAAUAGCUUUGUGGCAGCUGAUCGUGUAGAACCAUCGCUCCUUUCCAUCGGUGAUGGCCUUACUCUUUGCAGGCGUCUCUAUUAGACAAUUUGGAGUCUU